ACUGUGGUGGCGUGCCCCUCACGCACAAACGGAGAGACGGGUAGCAGUAGAGGAUCAAUAGCAUCGAAUCAAGUAUGACGGACGAGAGCCAUACACACAGUGCUGAGCUUUUGCUGCGUGCCUUGAAUUGAAUGUUGUAUGUGCAUUCUGCUGCACUCCGCAUAGACAGACAGACAGACAGACAGACAGACAGACAGACAGACAGACAGACAGACAGACAGACAGAAUGGACAGCAGCCUCGUCAGGUGGCGGAUUCGGUUUGUCCGGUUCUCUGUGGUCAUGUUUGCUUCAUCCUUCCGAGUGGUUGAGACUGACUAAUGGGCUUGUUGACGGUUUAUUCUCGGUCUUUGGAAAUAGCAAAGGCGAGGCUUUCGUAAUGGGAACCGGGUAAAAUACUAGACAAAAGCCACCCCUUGCCGACCCUAUGGCGAU